UUUUGUUUCAGGCCUACCCCAACAUGCAAACGUCAGCAUCAACCCCCUGACGACAUAUCCACACCCCUACGAUAAUGGCGCUACUGAACUAUUCUUUGCCCUUUUUAGCAACGCCUCACCCCCCUGCAGCAUCCUAUUAUAUCCCGCCCCCAGCCCCUACGCAGGAGGGUCCUUAUUCCUAUCCGCCCCCGCAAAAGCCGUUUUUAAGGGAGGACCUUGGAGGAGGAGGAGGUGGGAGCGGCGCCCCGAUACCUCCCCCUCCCUAUCCCCCUUACGGAGCUCCCCCACCCCCUAAGGGACCCACUAAAUCCCAUUCGCACGCCAACGUCGACUACGGCGACUACGAUGACGAAGACAGUGGCGUGCCGGUAACCCCUAUUCAGGGUCCGAUAUUUAUAAAGAACGGUUCAGUGCCUGUGGUGCCGUUGUAUUCGUAUCCUGUGCUUAGUAAUGGUACUUUUGUGCAUAUACCGUGCGGGCCAGAUGGCCUUCUGGGACCCUUCUUAUUAUAA